CCACACCUUUCCCUCCUCCUCUCACUACAGAGAAUAAGAGUUCAUCGGAGACACAAACGCGAACCAACUGAUCAAAGCAGACAGCUAGCCAUGGGCAAGGACUGCGGCAACCACCACGACGACCACUUCCGGAAUGGCUGCCGGCGCCUCCUGAAAGUGCUCCUGGGCAUGGCCUUCAUCGUCGCCGUCAUCGCCCUCAUCGUCUACCUGGUGCUCCGCCCCACCCACCCAAGCUUUUUCCUACAGGACGCCUCCCUCCGGCAGCUCGACCUCUCCAACUCCUCGGGCCUCCUCUCCACCUCCCUCCAGGUCACCGUAGCCUCCCGCAACCCCAACGACCGCAUCGGUGUCUACUACGACCGCCUCGACGUCUACGCCUCCUACGAUUUCCAGCAGAUCACCGUCGCCGCCUCACUCCCGCCGGUCUACCAGGGCCACGGCGACAUCGACAUAUGGUCGCCAGUGCUCGACGGGCCCAACGUCCCCUUCGCGCCCUACCUCGCCAGCAAAAUCUCCCAGGACUGCCAGGCUGGCCACCUCGUGCUCCAUGUCAAGAUCGACGGCCGCGUCAGGUGGAAGGUCGGCAGCUGGAUCUCUGGCCACUACCAUCUCUUCGUCACCUGCCAGGCCUUGCUCGAGACCGUCAGAGGAAACGGCACACCAGGGGCAAGCGGAUUCAAGUUCCAGAAAACCACUGGCUGCCACGUAGAGGUCUAAUUUAUCACAGCUAGCUCCGGCGGUCUAGUCGCCGGCGAGAGGUAGUUUUUUCUUGGCUUGCGUCCACUCCAUACUCCAUAGUGACCGCAGAAGCAGGUGGUAAUAAUUACUCUGUUAUGUGGGGUUAUAAGUGUAAAGCAGGGGUGCAUGGUUACCGUUUUACUUAGGGGAAGUUAACACGAUGCUUA